UUUGGUCUUCUUCCCCCUCCCUUACUCUUCCUCCCCAGUCCCUCCCCUCCCCUCCCCCUUCCCUCCUCCGGUUCCAGCCUUUGAGGCCGCGCGAGUGUGAGAGGCUAUGGAGUAAGCCGGCGGCAGUGGCCAGGCGCCGGGGCUGAGCAGGAGCAGCCAGGAGGCGUUUGGGGGGGCGGGGGAAAAGAGCCCCAGCACCGCCCCUCCCGGGGGAGAAGGGGAAGAGGUAACUAUAACUACCCAGAAUUGCAGCCAUGGAGUCCAUGCUUAAUAAGUUGAAGAGUACUGUUACAAAAGUAACAGCUGAUGUCACUAGUGCUGUGAUGGGAAAUCCUGUCACUAGAGAAUUCGAUGUUGGUCGACACAUUGCCAGUGGUGGCAGUGGGCUAGCUUGGAAGAUUUUUAAUGGCACAAAAAAGUCAACAAAGCAGGAAGUAGCUGUUUUUGUCUUUGAUAAAAAGCUGAUUGACAAAUAUCAAAAAUUUGAAAAGGAUCAAAUCAUCGAUUCUCUAAAACGAGGAGUCCAACAGUUAACUCGACUACGACACCCUCGACUUCUUACUGUCCAGCAUCCUUUAGAAGAAUCCAGGGAUUGCUUGGCAUUUUGUACGGAACCAGUUUUUGCCAGCUUAGCCAAUGUUCUGGGUAACUGGGAAAAUCUACCUUCCCCUGUAUCUGCAGACAUUAAGGAUUAUAAACUUUAUGAUGUAGAAACUAAAUAUGGUUUGCUUCAGGUUUCUGAAGGAUUGUCAUUCUUACAUAGCAGUGUGAAAAUGGUUCAUGGAAAUGUUACACCUGAAAAUAUAAUUUUGAAUAAAAGUGGAGCCUGGAAAAUAAUGGGCUUUGAUUUUUGUAUAUCAUCGACCAAUCCUUCUGAACAAGAGCCUAAGUUUCCAUGUAAAGAAUGGGACCCAAAUUUACCAUCAUUGUGUCUUCCAAAUCCUGAAUAUUUGGCUCCUGAAUACAUACUUUCUGUGAGCUGUGAAACAGCCAGUGAUAUGUACUCUUUAGGAACUGUCAUGUAUGCUGUAUUUAAUAAAGGGAAAGCUGUAUUUGAAGUUAACAAGCAAGAUAUUUACAAGAGUUUCAGUAGACAGUUGGAUCAGUUGAGUCGUUUAGGAUCUAGUUCACUUACAAAUAUACCUGAGGAAGUCCGUGAGCAUGUAAAACUACUGUUAAAUGUAACUCCAACUGUAAGACCAGAUGCAGAUCAAAUGACAAAGAUUCCCUUCUUUGAUGAUGUUGGUGCAGUAACACUGCAGUAUUUUGAUACCUUAUUCCAAAGAGAUAACCUUCAGAAAUCACAGUUUUUCAAAGGACUGCCAAAGGUUCUGCCAAAACUGCCCAAGCGUGUCAUUGUGCAGAGAAUUUUGCCUUGUUUGACUUCAGAAUUUGUAAACCCUGACAUGGUACCUUUUGUUUUGCCUAAUGUUCUACUCAUUGCUGAAGAAUGUACCAAAGAAGAAUAUGUCAAGUUAAUUCUACCUGAACUUGGCCCUGUCUUUAGACAGCAGGAGCCAAUCCAGAUUUUGUUAAUUUUCCUCCAAAAAAUGGAUUUGCUACUAACCAAAACUCCUCCUGAUGAGAUAAAGAACAGUGUCCUGCCAAUGGUUUACAGAGCCCUAGAGGCUCCUUCCAUUCAGAUCCAGGAACUCUGUCUAAACAUCAUUCCAACCUUUGCAAAUCUUAUAGACUACCCAUCCAUGAAAAAUGCCUUGAUACCAAGAAUUAAAAAUGCAUGUCUACAAACGUCUUCCCUCGCUGUACGUGUAAAUUCAUUAGUGUGCUUAGGAAAGAUUUUGGAAUACUUGGAUAAGUGGUUUGUACUUGAUGAUAUUCUGCCGUUCUUACAACAAAUUCCAUCCAAGGAACCUGCGGUCCUCAUGGGAAUUUUAGGUAUUUACAAAUGUACUUUUGCUCAUAAGAAGUUGGGAAUCACCAAAGAGCAGUUGGCUGGAAAAGUAUUGCCUCAUCUGAUUCCCCUGAGUAUUGAAAACAAUCUUAAUCUCAAUCAGUUCAAUUCCUUCAUUUCCGUCAUAAAAGAGAUGCUUAAUAGAUUGGAGUCUGAACAUAAGACUAAACUGGAGCAACUUCAUAUAAUGCAAGAACAGCAGAAAUCUUUGGAUAUAGGAAAUCAAAUGAAUGCUUCUGAGGAGACAAAAGUUACAAAUGUUGGGUCUCAGCAUAUUGACAAAGUCUUUAACAACAUUGGAGCAGACCUUCUGACUGGUGGUGAAUCAGAAAAUAAAGAGGAUGGGUUACAGAAUAAACAUAAAAGAGCAUCACUUACACUUGAAGAAAAACAAAAAUUGGCAAAAGAACAGGAGCAGGCACAGAAGUUGAAAAGCCAGCAACCUCUUAAACCCCAGGUGCACACACCUGUUGCUCCAGUCAAGCAGACUAAGGACCUGACAGACACAUUGAUGGAUAAUAUGUCAUCUUUGACCAGUCUUUCUGUUAGUACCCCUAAAAUUUCUGCUUCAAGUACCUUCACUUCUGUUCCUUCCACGGGCCUUGGUAUGAUGUUUUCUACAUCAAUUGAUAAUACAAAGAGAAAUUUAACAAAUGGCCUGAAUGCCAACAUGGGCUUUCAGACUUCAGGAUUCAACAUGCCAGUUAAUACAAACCAGAACUUCUUCAGCAGUCCAAGCGCACCUGCAGUGGCCAAGAUGACACUGGGAACACCUUCCACUUUGCCAAACUUCAGUGCUGUGAGUGUUCCUCCUGCUGGUGCGAAGCCGACUCAGCAAAGACCCACAGAUAUGUCUGCUCUUAAUAAUCUCUUUGGCCCUCAGAAACCCAAAGUUAGCAUGAACCAGUUAUCACAACAGAAACCGAAUCAGUGGCUUAAUCAGUUUGUGCCUGCUCAAGGGUCUCCAGGUGUGGGCAGUUCGGUAAUGGGAGCACAGAUGCGCAUGAUAGGACAGUCUGCCUUUGGUGUGCAGACUAAUCCUUUCUUUAACCCGCAGAACUUUGCACAGCCGCCACCUACUAUGACCAGUAGCAGUUCAGCUAGCAGUGACUUAAAAGAUCUUUUUGGGUGAGGUGUCAUGCUCCUGUUUUUGAAGGAUUACUUCAGUUUUAAUCAUGGGUAAGCUGAUUUACAUCUAUAUAGUUGGCUUGGAGGAAGUACUUCUGUGGGAAAGUGAAUGGUCCUGUGACAGAAAAAUAUCUGUUGUCAUGCCAGCAUAGUAGUUGUAUGGACUCUUUAACAGUUGAGGUUUUUAAAGCCUUGAGGAUUUUUUUCCUCUUACCAACUCCCCUUCAGGUUUUUAAAAGACCCAACCCAUAUCAAUCUCAACGAGAAAAAAAAGACACCUGAGUAUCUUGAAUAGCAGAAUUUUUAAAUCAAAUGUUUAUUUUGGCUUGUAAAUCUUGGUGUUAUUUAAAAAAUUGAGUCGAUGGUAAUUGCAAGUUUCAUCUGUUAAAUACUACAUGGUACACAGUCUGCCUUCACAAGUCAUUAGUCUUCAUUAUUACUAUGUGAAAAAUCUUGAUACUGUAUUGAUUUGUUUGCAUUUAGUGUGACUGAGUGAGAAAAUGAUAAGCCUAACGAAAAGGAUCGGGUCAUUUGCUUUUCCAAUCUUAUUACUUCUCAGAUGAACUAAUGUUUAGUGCAAAAGACUGAGCAAACACUGCAGAAUUUAACUUAACCUUGAUUUCAUUGGUUCAAACUAAAGGCAUUAUUAACUAUCAUAAAUGCAAACUAAUCGUUGUAAAUUAUAUUUUAGCAUGGUCUGCCUCAAAUAGUAAUGUAUUUUUCUGCAUUUACUUGGAUAUGUUUAGAAUCGCUUUUUUUCCUACUGUAUCACAGACAGAAGAGGUAUGUACUGAUUUGUACAGGUAUUUGACAAAGCCCUCUGAUGUGCUUUCCCUGACUACUGCCUUCAUAUUUCAUUUUGAAUUCAAACUUCUGAGGUUGCAGCACAUAUGAAUUGCAUUUUCAAAAGGAGAUUUGUAAGAAUUAAACUAUAUUUAAUGAGUAUACUUUUGAGAUUUCUGCUGUAUUGUUUCAAAUGUAAUAAACUUUACUUCUCUAAAAAUGA